AUGUUCAACUUGCAGAAGGCGGUGGAACUUCUCCUUCGCCAUUCUCGACUACCACCGCUUGGUCAACCUGAGAGUUUAGAGCCUUCAAACUCAAUGCAAUACGCCGAUACCGAGUGCAGGAGCCAUGCCAAUCCACCUCAGUCACUCACUGAGGUCUCUCCGGCUGCGGCAUCAGUCGACGGAUCUUCGCAGGGAACCUUCACUGCAGAAGGGCCCGAUGCUGGCAUGCACCUCCACGAUGACGACUCAGACUUGGUGCCUUUGCCCAUGAACAAUCUUUACAACCUCACGGACCCGACCAAAUCAAGUCUCAUUAGAGUAGAUCCAUCCGACGUCAAUGGGCCGGAUCUGAUCGAUCAGGGCGUGCUGCCACUCACCGAGGCCGAGUAUCUGUUCGACUUCUAUCGUGAUCACAUCAAUCCCCUUCUUUUGGAUGGCAUGCUGUGUUCGCACAAAACGCUGGGUCAAGCUCGCUCGUCUUCAUCGUUUCUGGUAACCGUUGUGCUCACAGUGGCGGCGCUGCACAUACCCGAGCGCGAAGCCUGCCUGCACGCCACCUAUGGCGCUUUUGUUUCGCUCAUGCGAAGAUCCUGCCUUCUUCGCUGCCAGAAUCUAGACAUCGUACGCGCCCUCUGCAUCGGCGCGUUCUACCUUACAAGUCUCAGCUGGGCCCUGUGCAGCCGCGCCGUCCGCGUCGCCACCGAGAUGAAUCUGCAUAAGUCUUCCCUACAGUUUGCCCGCGGUUCACACCAAGAGUCCUACGAGCGCGUCCGCCUCUGGUAUGCCCUGUACGUGUGUGACCACCAAUUUGCACUGGCCUACGGCCGUCCACCUCUCAUGCACGAGGAUGCCGCCAUCCGCAACGCAGAGAAGCUACUCACGAGUGAGCUCUCAUCCUGGGGCGACAAGGGACUGGUUGGCCAGGUAAAGCUCUUCCGUAUCCUCUCCAGCAUCUGGCUCAUGUACGGCUGCGACCCAGACCUCGAGCUCAGCGGCCACGACUUCGAGAAGCUGCGGUCGUUCAACCUGGCGCUCGACCAGUGGCGGCUAGACCACCAGAGCAGCGACAGCGGUAGCAGUGCGAGAGAGAACCUGGCUCUUCCCCGCGGAAACAUGCUGUACUACCACCUAGCGCGCUUCCAACUAAAUUCAGUUGCGUUGCGUGGUAUAUCUGGCCGAGAAGAGUCGAGCGAUACGCCUGGCCUACGGACCAACUGGGAAAGACAGGAAGCAGCCAACAACGCUAUUGUAGCUGCUAUGAGCACCGCACGCCUCAUCAUUGACGACGAGCCCCUGCAGAGCGGACUCAUUGGGCUACCUAUUUUCGUACAUGCAAUGGUGGCCGUCUGCGCCUCCUUUUUACUCAAGAUGGCUGUUGUGUUUGCCCAGACUCCCCCUUCUUCUUCAUCAGCGAGAGAUAAACCGCUCCGCCUCCCGAACGACCUCGCACAGUACGGCCUAGCGUUCCACACCAGGACAGCCCUCGCCUCUGUGGGGCAGCUCGUCGUCGUCCUCGUCCAUGUCGCCGACAACGCGAGCCAGGGCCACGUUGCAAGACAGGUCGUAAACGGGCUGAAGGAGUUGCUGCAGCGAUUUGAGGAGUCCCCUAGGCAGAGCGGCUUCGUUUACUCGCAGCCACGGCCCUGCCAGCGAGGUGCAGGACAUCAGAUGUCCGCGGACGAGGGCAGCGCGCUUGGAGUGCCCGUGCCGGCGGUGGAGAGGCUGGGAAUAGGGGUUACGGGCGUAGAAAGUGCGAACGAAGGCGUGCUGGCAAUGCAGGAUCCUUUCGAUCUUACGGGGGAUCUCGAUUGGCGGUUUGACGGGAGUUUUCUGUGGGGGAUUGAUGGGAUUGAUGUCACAGGAGGGUUUGCCUAG